UGGGAUUCUUCAUCACUGAUCUUCAUCGCAACAUUGAACAGUUGCACAAAGAACAGUUCGUUAACACAUCUUGGAGUUCUCUUGUGUUUACAGUAUAUCGUGGACAAGGUCUAUCUCACACGGAUUUUGACGAACUGAAAAAUACAAUAGGUGGGUUGAUGUCAUUCAACAAUUUCUUCUCUACCAGCAUAAGCCGUGACGUCUCGUUUUCCUACGCUGAAAGUAGCGCAAACAAUCCCAAGCUAGUAGGAAUUCUCUUCACAAUACGCGUCGAUCCUUCUCAGUCAACAACACCGUUUGUUCGUGUUGGGAAUGACAGUCACUUUUCAGAAGAGACCGAAGUGUUGUUUUCAAUGCACACCGUGUUUCGCAUUCAUGACAUCAAAGUUAUAGGCACUGGUCCACCAAUCUAUGAAGUAAAUAUCACGCUGACUCUUGAUUCUGACGAAGAGUUACGCACAUUGACUGAUCAUAUUCGUCAAGAGAAUCAUGUUGAUGGUAAAGGAUGGACGCGAUUAGGCCAACUGCUGAUUGAAUUGGGUCAACCAGACACGGCUGAGAAGAUUUAUGAUACUUUACUAAACCAAACAUCCGAUGAUAGUGAUGAGGGAGUGAUUUCUCAUCAACUUGGUCGUAUCAGAUAUAAGCAAGGCUUGUUUCAGGAAGCCAUAACAUUAUAUACCAAAUCACUUAUGCUUCUUGAGAAAUCACUUCCUGCAAACCAUCCUACUUUAGCAACAUUAUAUAGUAACGUCGGUUCGGUGUAUGAUAGUAUGGGUGAUUAUUCAAAAUCACUCGAAUACUACGGGAAAGCUCUUUCAAUUGAACAACAAUCACUUCCUGAAAACCAUCCUGAUUUAGCCACAUCGUAUGGAAACAUCGGUUCGGUGUAUUAUAGGAAGGGUGAUUAUCCAAAAUCACUCGAAUACUACGGGAAAGCUCUUUCAAUUCAACAACAAUCACUUCCUGAAAACCAUCCUGAUUUAGCGACAUCCUACAACAACAUCGGUUUGGUGUAUGAUAGUAUGGGUGAUUAUCCAAAAUCACUCGAAUACUACGGGAAAGCUCUUUCAAUUGAACAACAAUCACUCCCUGAAAACCAUCCUGAUUUAGCGACAUCCUACAACAACAUCGGUUUGGUGUAUCAUAGGAAGGGUGAUUAUCCAAAAUCACUCGAAUACUACGGGAAAGCUCUUUCAAUUAGACAACAAUCACUUCCUGAAAACCAUCCUGAUUUAACCACAUCCUACAACAACAUCGGUUCGGUGUAUCAUAGGAACGGUGAUUAUCCAAAGCUCAUUUCUAUUGUGAACGCGCUGUUCAAAUUGGCAAACGUUCAUUAUCAUCAAAUCAUCCACACCUUUUAA